AGUCUGAGAAAUCACUCCUGCUGUUGUAGAGUAGCUAGUGCUCCUCUGUUAAAGGUCAGGAGUGAGAAAAUUUUUAUCUGUAGCCUUUUCCUUUUCACAGUCAGCCAUCCAGAAUGCUGCACCCAGGAGAAGGUUAACAACCAAGGCCCACAAUUCGUGAAUGGAGUUAUUGUGAAGAUCAUGAGCACAGAGCCUCUACCUGGCAGGAAACAAGUCAGGGAUAUUUUGGCCGCACUCUCAGAAGUUGUUUACGUUGAUUUGCUAGAAGGAGAUACUGAAUGCCAUGCCCGGUUCAAAACUCCUGAGGAUGCUCAGGCAGUAAUGAAUGCACAGACUGAAAUCAGAAAGAAGCACUGUUGGAACCUCGAGGUCCUUUCAGGUGAUCAUGAGCAGAGGUACUGGCAGAAGAUUUUGGUAGAUAGACAGGCCAAACUUAAUCAACCUCGGGAAAAGAAAAGAGGCACGGAGAAGUUAAUCACCAAAGCUGAGAAGAUUAGACUGGCCAAGACUCAACAAGCCAGUCAGCAUAUUCGAUUCUCUGAGUAUGAUUGAGAAGGACGGCAGCUCCCUUUGGGUUCCCUUGCUGGAGUGUUCCUAGAAUGCUAGGACCGUGUGAUGGAUUGUUCUGCUGAGAUCUACAUUUAAAAAAAAAAAGCCUUUGUUCCUUGAUGUGUAAAUACGACUUUUCUAGAGACAAAUACAUUAUGUCACAGGUUUUUUUUUUUAAUAAAGUUCUUGUUGAAAUUAUGCAGAUCAACUUCAAAUGAUUUCAUAAAUAAAUGUGUCUUGAAAAUUA